AUCUCUCCUCUAUAUUAAUACCCCUCUCUCCCUCUUGACUUCAAUCACCUCAAAAAAAGUCAUACACACAACAACUACCCAAAAAAAAAAAUCAUGUUCUCGUCACAUCCAUCAUCGUCCGGCCACGACCAUCAGCAAUGGACGUGGAUGAAGCGCCACCGCAGCACCCACUUCCUCUUCAACUCCUCCUCUUCAUCCUCACCGCCGGCCGCCACGUGGGAAGAGAGAGCCUUCGCCGAGGACGCCGGAGGCUGCAUUUGGCCACCGAGGUCCUACUCGUGCAGCUUCUGCCGCCGCGAGUUCCGCUCCGCGCAGGCCCUCGGAGGACACAUGAACGUCCACCGCCGCGACCGCGCCCGUCUCAAGCAACAACAGUCCUCCCACGAAGACGAAGACGACGACGAACAACAUCCUCCUGUCGCCGCCGGCCACAUUGCAACUACUACGACGACGACGAACUCCUCCCCUAGGGUUUCAUCUUCUUCCACCACCACCACCACAACCACGGCGGAACAUUCUUCGUCCGGUGCCGACGUUAUGAACAAGAGGAAGACAGCUAGUGGCAAUGAUGACGAUUGUUGUUGGCUGGAUCUUGGGCUCAUGGUUAGAAUUGUGGAAAGUGGUCGUCAUUUCUAUAACGAUUUGGAGGGGACGGUUUUGGCCGGCGGGAAGAGGAGGAGGAAGACGGGGACCACCACCACUAGUACUACUCGUUAUCCGCCGGCGGCGGCGUUGACAUUGUCGCUGUCCAUGGGUACGUCGGCGGCGGUGGGGAUGGGGAUUAGGGAUUUGGAUCUUGAGCUUAGGCUUUGAGGCAGCAGGAAGAAGAUGAAAUGUAUAAGCCAAUUUCAUUACCAUGUUAUUGUUCUACGACCCAUAUGAAAUAUUCGUAACCAGGAAAAUUAAUUAAUAUGAAUUUACGUCGAGGAUUCGUGGUUUUAUGUUCUUCUCUUCUUUUCCUUCGUUUUCCCGUUGUUUUUAUUCUGUUUCUAGUUUCUAGCUGGUUGUCCCUGCAGGUUAAUCAACGGAUGUUUCUAAC